GUCAUUUUUUUAUUUUUAUUUUAGGGUUUGAGGUUGUGUUGUGAUGGAGGAAGGUCAGAGUAGUUCAAAUUCCAUACCUCAUUUUCUCUCUAAGACUUUUGAGAUGGUUAGUGAUCCUUCAACUGAUGCCAUUGUUUCAUGGAGUUCUACCAAUAAGAGUUUCAUUGUUUGGAAUCAGCCUGAUUUUUCGAAGAAUUUGUUGCCCAAAUUCUUUAAACAUAAUAACUUCUCAAGUUUCAUCAGACAGCUUAAUACCUAUGGCUUUAGAAAAGUUGAUCAAGAGCAAUGGGAAUUUGCAAAUGAAGAUUUCGUAAGAGAUCAACCACAUCUUAUGAAUAAUAUCCAUCGACGCAAACCAGUUCAUAGCCAUUCUUUGUCUAAUGCACAUGACAAACGGGUGGUAGCUGCUAGUGCUAGUGGUGCUCCAUUAACAGAAUUAGAGCGAAGAAAUUUGAAAGCCGAGAUAGAAAAAAUUAAACAUGACAAAGAACAACUACUUGUGGAAUUUCAUAUGCAAGAAGAGGAGUGGAAACAAAAUGAGAUGCAGUUACAUUACUCAAAGGAUCGUUUGCUAAAGUUAGAACUGAAUCAACAAAGUUUACUCUCUUCUGUUGGUCAAGUGUUGCAGAAAUCCAAGGAAGAGGUAGGUCUCCAAUCAGUAACGGUAAACAUGGGGAGAAAACGAAGGUAUAUGAGACAUAGUCCCUUUAAUAAUUUAGCUGACAUUGAAAUUCCUUUGAAAACUUCUGAAAUGCCAUCUAGAGAAAAUGUUGAUAAUGUGUCUAUUCUCUCUAUAAACAUGGAACAAUUGAAUCUGCUUGAAUCAUCAUUGACGUUUUGGGAGAAUUUUGUAAAUGAUGUUAGCGACACAUCUUUUCAAACUCAUUCAAACUUAAACUUUGAAGAUUCUAUGAAUUAUGGACAUAAUCCAAUAAUGUCUUAUGUGCAACCAGAAUUUAAACUUCAUCCCGAGUCACCAGGAAACAACAUGAACUCUCUGCAAGAUUUGGUCGCUAUUACUGAUCCUGAUCUUGUUAAACUUAAGCCACAUGACAUCUUUGUUCAAGAUCCUAUUUCACCAGAGACAAAUGUUAUUGCCGUUUCUGAUUCUAUUGCACCUGAGCCAACUUUUAUCGAUAAUCCUAACUUCGUUGCACCGAAAGAACAACCUGUUGCAACAACCCCAAUUACUAUCGGAUAUAAUUCACCAUUUUGGCAAAAAUUCUUGGUGGAAGAUUCAGAUUUAGAUGAGUAAGAAAAUUGUGUUAAACUUACCAAAUUUUGAUGGAACAUUAAUAAUAAAAAACACUUUCAAAUUGAUCAGGCAUAGAGAAUUUAGUAAAAAAAACACCCUCAAAUCCUUAUACAAGUGUGUGACAAGAUGAUAUUGAUUUAGAUUUUGUUUGGGUGCAUGAGAUGCUCCUUAACCGCUUUCUUUUUGUCCAUCUCAAUAAUAUCUUCGUGGAAGAAUUUGCAUAUUGUAAAUGUUGUCGGACUUUAGUACAACACUAAAGCAUGUAUCCGGAUAAUCUUUGAUGUUCAUUGAUUAGUCAUUAUUUUAUUAGUUUUAUCUUUUAAUUUUAAAUCAUUAUUUCUUGUACUUUCAAUAGCUCUAAUAUUUGAGACUUUUUAUCAUAAGACAAUCUCCUUUAGAUUUUGAAACGAUUGAAACCUUCAUGUCCAGAUGAUGAAACCUUCAAAAAAGCACCAAGAGCUUCUUGUGAUUAACGUCCAAACUCUUAGGACCAAGUCUAGACACUCACACUUGUCAGAUCAUCCAUGUUCAGGCACCAAGGGCCACAUACACAAAUUCCUACUUGCCACAUCAACAAGUCCCCACGCUCAUGUUAGGCCUUAGGAGAAUUUAGAAAAUUUGAGAUUUUACACUUGGAUAUUGGGAUAUGAACCUUGUUAGGCUUC